AACCAUGCAGAGAUAAGGCACCUUUGAACCUCACAUACACACUCCAUCACAAAUAUAAAUUUCCCACUUUGUCCCUCUACUUUCCAAACAUACUUUCACUAUGGCCACCACCACAACCGCCGCCGUCUCGUCACCCUUUUUCGGCACCCGUCUCAGCAAACCAGCCUCCAACAUUGGAAGAAUCCGCGCCUUUUUCAACAUCAACAUCAAAAAAGCACUGCCAAAGAAAAAGGAAGUGAAGAAAGUGAGACAACCCGAAAGUGACGGACUAGUUUGGUUUCCCGGCGCGCAGCCGCCGGAAUGGUUAGACGGAACCAUGAUCGGGGAUCGUGGUUUUGAUCCGUUGGGGUUUGCUAAGCCUGCUGAGUAUCUUCAGUUUGACCUUGACUCGCUUGACCAGAAUUUAGCUAAGAAUCUUGCUGGUGAUGUGAUCGGGACUAGAGUGGAAGCUUCUGAUGUGAAACCGACGCCGUUUCAGCCGUAUUCGGAGGUUUUUGGGAUUGAGAGGUUUCGUGAGUGUGAACUUAUUCAUGGAAGGUGGGCCAUGCUUGGUGCUCUUGGUGCUUUGGCCGUUGAAGCUUUUACUGGUGUCGCAUGGCAAGAUGCCGGAAAGGUGGAGCUGGUGGAAGGGUCAUCCUACUUUGGAUUUUCUCUUCCUUUCUCAAUAACCACAUUGAUAUGGAUUGAAGUAUUAGUAAUUGGGUACAUUGAGUUUCAAAGGAAUGCUGAGCUUGACCCAGAGAAAAGGUUAUACCCAGGUGGAAAAUUCUUUGAUCCUCUUGGUCUGGCCAGUGACCCUGAAGAGAAAGAAAGACUUCAACUGGCAGAGAUUAAGCACUCUCGCUUGGCUAUGGUGGUCUUUCUUGUCUUUGCAAUCCAAGCUGCUGUUACAGGAAAAGGACCUAUUGGUUUCGUUGCUACCUUCAACCAGUGACCUAAUUAUAUAUAUGAAAUGAAACCCUUUUAGCUAUAUUUCUUCUCUAUCAUGUAUAAGGCUUUAUUCACUCCAUGUUAAAAUUGUUAAUAACUUUUUCUGUAUCCGCAGAAAUUAAGAGCUGCUAUGUAUGUAUACCAUAAAUGACCAUAUAUGUAUGUACUUCUGUGUUGUAUGCUUCUCAGUGAUACCAUACUAUAAUCCUGAUCCAUAUAAUAUAGUGUUGCUUAUAGUAGCUA